CGAGGUGCCGCCGGCUCUGAGUCAGCCCGGCCCGCACGAUGUGCGUCGAGGGCAGUGCCAGGCACGGCGCCGCCGAGAACCCUCUCCCCUUCCCCGCCGCCCUCCGGGGCUGCCCUGCGGUUCCCGGGACGGGGCGGCUGCUCUGCGGCCUCGGGCAGGGCUGCUCCUCCUCCUCCUCCCGCUCCCUGCCGCCUCCCGGUGCCGGGGCAGCCGGAGGGCGCCCGGCGGGACGGGUCCCGCUCCAUCAUGUGAGUUGUCGGCUCUGCCCCCGCCCUGAGCUGCCCUCUCCCGCACCAUGAGCGACGGGAAUGCGGGGCAGCACCCACCACGGAGACAGGUAGGGAGCGGGCGGCUCCUCCGCCUCCUCCUUUGCGUGAUCCUGCUGUGCAGCGCCGAGGUCGGGGCGCUCGCCGAUUUCUCAGGUUACCUAACCAAACUUCUGCAAAAUCAUACUGCCUAUGCCUGCGAUGGGGAACAUUUGAGUCUGCACUGUCCUCGGCAUUCAACAAUAAGUGUUCAGUCAGCAUUUUACGGGCAAGACCACCACAUGUGUAGUACUCAGGAACCUGAAACCAGGAUGGCAGAACCCAUAAACUGUGUGGCACCCACCUCUUUGCAGAAAGUACUGGAUGAAUGCCAGAACCUGAGAUCCUGCCAACUGCUUGUCAAUAGUCGUGUUUUUGGACCUGAUCUGUGUCCAGGGACCACUAAAUUCCUUCUUGUCUCCUUUAAAUGCAAACCUACUGAAUACAAAACCAAAUCGGCAUGUGAAAACCAGGAACUGAAACUCCACUGUCAGGAGUCCAAGUUCCUUAUCAUCUACUCUGCCACCUAUGGCAGAUGGGCACACGAGGAGAAAAACAUCUGCUCGACAGAAGUGGAGCGCGUUCCCCCCUUUGACUGUUUGUCUUACGUGGCACUAGAAGUUUUAUCGAAAAGGUGUUACGGGAAACAGAGGUGCAAAAUUAUUGUCACUAGCCGGGAGUUUGGAAGUCCGUGCCUACCUGGAGUGACAAAAUACCUUAAUGUCAGCUAUGCAUGUGUUCCUAAAUUUAUCCUUACGGCUGUCAACCCCCUGGUCCCUGACAACAAGUCUUCCAUCAAACAGAAUGAUGGUGUUGACCUUGAUCCAAAGGAGUCAAGACUUCCAAAGAAAGAUGGAACUUUUGUUAGCCACUUCUUGGCUACAUUUGCGUACAUUAGAGAUCACCUUGAAAGAGCUGGUCUCCUGUUUUUGUCCAGCGUUUGUGUGGGAUUACUCUUCACGCUGUUUGCUCUGGUGAUCCGCAUGUCAUGCUCAAAUGACUUCCAGAAAUCGCACAGGAAGAAGGAGCAGUUAGUGCCAGAAAGUGACAGAGCGUACGAGAACAGUGAAAAUGAGGAGGAGGAAGAUUCCUCCAAUUCAGACGUCCAGGAUGAAAUAGCCGGACUUUACACACCUUCUUACUCAGGUUAUAAUUCAGCAGAGGCGGCGGAACUGGCUGAAAGGAUAGAGCGCAGGGAGCAGAUCAUACAAGAAAUUUGGAUGAACAGUGGUUUGGAUAUGACACCUCCUAGAAAUAUGAAUACGUUUUAUAUUAAUGAACAAUAAAUGGCUUAUUUUGGAUGAUGCCCUAGCCCUUUUUUUUUAAAAAAGAAAUGUACCUUCUGUGAAGGAACAUUUGUAUCAGUGCAUAUAAUUAUUUGUAAAGUCAGAAUAAAUAUAUGCAAUAAA